AAUCAGUAGCCAUUGCUUAUUGACGAAUGUAGCCUAGCUGUAAAGACAACUAAAACUUUAACAUGUCUGAAAAUUUGGCUAGCAUAUCUGAAAAAGUUGAACCACCUGUAUGUAUUCAGCAGCUUAAGCCCAACUACAGGAAAUGCCUCAAGCCCAGAUGGAGAAAAUUUUCUUCCAAGUCAGCCCUGUUAGUUCUCGUCUGGAACUUCUUUCUCUCUGUAAUGAUCGAUGCUAUGACCUAUAAGUACGUUGGUGUGUCUGAAGUGGAGGGCAGUGUGAUUGUUAGUGUUGUCCCUUAUAUCCUGUGGCCGUUCAGUGCCGUCUUUUUUGGUUGGCUGGCGGACACAUAUUUAGGGCAGUACCGUGUUGCUAAGAUGGGGAUGGUUUUAAUGUUUGUGACAGCUUUGCUUCAAUCUUUUCUGUUUGUUGUUGAAAAUGCCGUUGACAUCGAUGCUAGCCUGGCAAUUGCACUAACUACUAUAGUCAAGUUUAUUGGGCAUGGCAGUAGUGCCAUAAUUCCAGUGACGUUGCCUCAAGUUGGUCUGGAUCAGAUGCCUGAGUCUUCAUCAACUAACAUUACCAGUUUCAUCGCCUGGUUUGUCGCUUCUGUGUUCGGUGGGUUUUGGUUAGCCGAAGUUUCUUUUAAUGUUGGUGUUCAGUGUAUUGGGUCGGAGUAUGCUCUUGUUUUUAGCUUGUUUCCAGUGAUUUGCAUGUCUAUUGUUCUCAUUUCUGAUGUUUUUAUAACUCCAAAAUGGCUGAUAAUUGAACCAAAGUCACCGCAGUCUCUGAAAAUUAUUUAUCGAAUUCUCAAGUUUGCUAAGCAACACAAGGCUCCUAUCAAUCGCAGUGCUCUCACAUACUGGGAGGAAGACAUUCCUUCAAGAAUGGACGUGAGCAAGUCCAGGUAUGGUGGACCGUUCACUACAGAGCAAGUUGAAGAUGUGAAAACUCUCUUUCGAAUUUUAGCUCUUACCUCACCCAUGUGGAUAAUCCUCGUUGCUUUUCAUAUGUUUCUGAGCGUUUUUGAUCUGUUUGAUUAUGAGCUGCAUUUCGAUGGAGCCUCUAACUGUACCACAACUGUACUGACCUACUUCACUUAUCAAUGGGACCUGUGGUGUAUUGUUCUAGUAGUAGUUUAUGAGCUAUUCAUGUACCCUCUGAUCUGUCACAUAUUUCUAAGCUCCAUACGACGAAUUGGCCUUAUAGCAUUUGCAAUCUUCAUCGUGAACUUUGUGUGUGUACAUCUGAGUAUUUACUACUAUGUGACGAACCACCCUGUCCACAUAGUGUUGGCAUAUGCUCACUCUAUUGUCGUGGCCGCUCUUCUUAUCUGACUUCCGCUAUGGAAUUUGUGUGUGCCCAGUCGCCCUACAAUAUGAGAGGCCUUCUGCUCGGCUAUGUGUGGUGUAUCUAUGUAGUCACAUACAUUUUAGCUCAAAUAUUGUUCGAAGUACUUCAUGAUCUUAGAUCAACUCACCCGUGGAUAGUGAUACUGUAUACUGGACUGGCUGCUUUGUUAAGUCUUGCUGGGUUUGUGUUGUACUACCUCCUGGCCCGCUGGUACAAGAGGAGAGUGAGAGACGACAUAGCCACCCCUCAAAAAUGGGUGGAGGAUGCCUAUGACCGAUACCUCUCAGAGAAUGAAGAGAAUGAACGCAAUUGAACUGGUUUUUGUUUUAUAUAUAACUAUAUUAUCAAUGUGAUAAAAUUUAUAUUGGCUACAUGUAGAUAAUUUUAUUAAUUUCCUUUUACAGUGCAUUCAGCUUAGAGAGUAAAUAAACGCAAUUUGGUGUGUAUUGGUGCAUAAAUGUAAAUAUUUUGG